AUGGCAGCAGCCCUCAAAACCGUCCCGGUCUACGUGCUCGCGUCCGUCGCCCUCCUCGGUUCCUUUUCUCGCUUUACCCACGGCACGUACACGCCGACAUGGUACGCGUUCCAGGAGUACCACAUGCCAGAUGACGGCUCGUCAGUCGCGAAGGUCACACCCGCCAUCGACGCCCUCGUGGGGUUGACUCUCCUGUUCGGAAGGCACGCGUUCAAGCUCCUGGCUGCGUCGGUCAGCCUGUUCUUCUUCGUGAUCGGAUUGACGAUGCAGGUGCAGGCAGGAAAGGAGUAUCAAGGCGACGUGGCUUUGGUUGUGAUCGGUCUGGCGGCGGUUGCGAGGUUGCUUGCGAGAUAG